AUGCAAGUGCUUGAAGUGGAAUGCUACCUGCGCCAGUCUGAUGUUGACUUGAUAUGGUUACCCCAUCCUCGAGUGAUACUGGGGGUAACAAAUCCAUUUUUUAUCAAAGCACUUGAUCAUUGGCCUCAUAUUCUCAAAGUUGGCGACACCGUUGAAGGUAGUGAUACUCCAGAACGUGAGGAGAAGAGGAGGAAAAACUGGGAUGGGCGAACACUUGACACUAAGCCAGGUAUAUACACGCAGUACAAAGCGUAUCUGAAUAAGGACAAAAGUGUUGCUAAAAAGUUGCUAAAAGGAGAUCGACCUUCUGAGGUCCAAUGCAAUAUAUUGCGAAGACAUUUUCUCGAAUUGACGCAGAGCUUCAUGAUUCCUCUCGAACGAUAUUUAUCGUCGUUAAUGCCGCUU